AUGCGGAAGACGUUCGUGUGCCGUGGGGGGUUUCACGCACCGCGAAAGGUGACGACGGCACAUGACUUACCGCACGCUGAAGUCUCCCAAGAGAAGGGGGCAGGGGACGAUAUAUCUGCCGUAUCGUUGGAGACGGCCGCAAUUAAACGUCCACGCGUGGAAUCGAGCCCGCGCGACACAACACCUGUGACUGUUGCACGGCCUUUAGACUCGUCUUUGCCGCCAAACACGACGGCUCCACCACCGCACGGACGGUCGGCAAAUGGGACGGCCGUGGAGACGCCGCCGCCUGAAAAUGACGAGGAACUUCAGCGGGAGGUGGAAGAGGACCAGCGACUCUCCACGGAUCUUCCAUUUACACCGAGCAAAACGGCAGCGGGUCUUGGUACACCGCCCUUUGUUUUUUCCCAGCCGUUGUUAGAGGAAGAACAAGAUGAUACGAAAGAAAAUGCGAAUACCGCAGGUGUGGUGGCUUUUCACAAUAACAGCGAUGCGGUGCCGGUGACUUCUCAACCGAAUAAUAUUGACCUCUCCGUACAGCCAAGGGAUAUUGCUAGUAGCAGUAGUGAGGUUGCUCUUGUUGAUGGUGGUGGGGUCUUUUACGAUCUUCCUCAGAGCGCACAAAACUUCUUUUUGAAUCGACGCGGCAUCAAAAAACUGUAUCCGUGGCAGCAUGAAGUUCUCAUGCGGGAUGAUGUGCGUGGAGGCGGAAGUUUGGUCUACAGUUUGCCGACGAGUGGAGGCAAAACGUUAGUUGCGGAGAUUUCUCUUCUUCGGUGUCUUUUGAAUCGAAAAAAGUCCUGUUUCUUUGUUCUUCCCUUUGUUUCGCUAGCGGAGGAGAAGGCAGUGGGACUGCGUCCCUUCGGCGACGCGUUGGGAUUUGCCGUGGACGGUCAUUACGGCACACAAGGCAGAUUGCCCCUUCCCAAGCGUACUGCCGUGUUUGUUUGUACCAUUGAGAAGGCAAAUUCGCUGCUUAAUCACAUGCUGGAGGAGGGCUUGACGGAGGAACUGGGGGCAGUUGUCGUAGAUGAACUGCACAUGCUUGGUGAGUCUCAUCGCGGCGCGACACUGGAGCUGUUUCUAUCCAAACUACUUUGUUUACCUCACCAGGUGCAAAUUAUUGGCAUGAGUGCCACCAUUCCAAACCUGCCAAAUAUCGCAAAGUGGCUACGUGCUUCCUGUUACUUGGGACAGUAUCGCCCCAUUCCACUGAGGCAAUAUGCCGUUGUGGAUGGUAUGGUGAUGGAGGAUGGUGAGCGGAAUGAACGCAAUCUGGUCGCGGCUGGGUAUGCUACCGAGACGGAGCAGUUAUUGCUGUUGGCAACAGAGAUACAAGGGGCAUCUGUGUUGAUAUUUUGCGCGAGUCGUCAGCAGUGCGUUGAUACGGCACGUCUCAUUGCCCGAAACCGAAAAGGCAUGAAAGAUGGGUUCCACAGCGCAAGUACCAGUACUCUUGGGGCCCUUCAGAAUGAACUGAGCUCCUUUGGAGCGGAUGUGAACGUGCUUAGCCAACUUCUUCCUCAUGGAGUUGCGUUUCACCACGGUGGCUUGCUCGGGGAGGAGCGCGAGUUAAUUGAGAGGGCAUAUCGUCAGAGAGAAAUCAACAUUUUGUGUUGUACGUCGACCUUGGCGGCCGGUGUUAAUUUACCUGCGCGACGUGUUAUCUUCAAGACACCUUACGUGGGACGUGACUUUUUGACAAAAUCCCGUUAUUUACAGAUGUGCGGACGUGCGGGUCGCGCCGGCCUGGAUGAGUUUGGUGAAUCAUUUCUUCUUCUCUCCCGCAGAGACUGCCACAGGGGACGAGAGUUGAUGCGACAGGAGGUGGAGAUGUGCUCGAGUCAAAUGCUGUCUCAAGCUAGUGCCUUUGAAAGGGCCCUGCUCGAGUGUGUUGCGGUGGGCGUCAUUGGAUCGCCUUCCGCCGCCCAAGCGUGGAUGGCAAACCUCAUGUGCCAUCAUGCAGCAGGGCCGUUUGAUCCGGUUUACGAUGUGGCAUCAAGGCCAUUGCCAGUGGCAUUGGAGGGCAUUCUGCAAUCAUCCAUGGACCAGUUGAUUCGGAGUGGUUUGGUGCAGCGUGUUUCUCUGCGGAGGGAAUCUGACGAGGGUGGCGAUGCCGCCACGAUGCAGCCUGCCGGAAAUGAUGAUGAACAAGUGUCGUUGUCUGCGACACCCUUUGGUGCCUGCUCCGUACGGUCUUGUUUCAGUAUUGAGGAGGCCUUGUUGGUUCGCGGGGAGCUGGAGAAUCUGCAGCGCACAGGUCUAAUUCUUGCCGAUGAUCUACAUCUUUGUUACUUUUUAACACCACUACGGGAGAUUGGAGAAUGUAAUUGGUCAGCGUAUUGCGAGGUGCUCUCACAGAUGAGCGAGAACCGUCAGCGUAUUGCAAACAUGGUGGGAGUCGAUGAAUUUUUUGUGCACCAGCGAUCUAUGGGACUUGGGGAUCCAUAUGGAGGUAGCGGCAGCCGGACUUUUGCCACGCGCCGCUUCUUUGUUGCUCUGAUGCUUGCCGAUCUUCUCAGUGAGGUACCGAUGUCUGUCGUAGAGCGGCGGUAUCAGUGCAACCGCGGGCAAUUACAGAGUCUUAUGCGCAGCGCCUCCAUGUUUAGCAGCUCCAUCACGAGCUUUUGUCGGGCGAUGGAGUGGUUUUCGCUGGAGGCCGUGCUGUCAUCAUAUGUGAAGCGACUUGGCUUCGGCGUGAAACCAGACAUUGUGCCGCUGAUGGAGAUACGCGGACUGCAGCCUGCACGAGCGCGGGCGUUGUGGGCGGCGGGCUUCAAGGGCCCCGCGGCGAUUGCGGCGAGUAACCCCGGGGAGUUACUGCAGCGCGUAAAGAACGCCAAUGCACCUGAAAACAAAUCGGUGAAGUUCUUCACACUCCGCGCCGCUGUGGCUCUCAUACGUGAGGCGAACCUUCUCCUUCAGCAUCACAUUCGGGAGAAGAAGGGAGAGCUGAUCGAACUGACGCUGCGCUCACGGGCAUCACCGCUUCCAUGA